AUGGACUAUCAUGCAAUCCAUGGUCACGACGUCUCAAGCUUUGAUCUCUCGACAACACACCGUCUCCCUACCGUGUCGGCUGCAGAGGCUCUGCGAGAUUUUGAAGGCAACGAGUGCAAUUUCAUCUCCACCGGGCUUACGGCCCUUGAUGCAUCGCUGCAGUCAGAGCUGGGCACUGCCCAUCAAGGCGGUAUCCAGAGGGGCCAUGUCACGGAAAUUUGGGGUCCUCCGGGUGUCGGAAAGACGGCGUUCGGAAUCCAGCUUGCUGCAAAUUGCAUCGCUGAAGGCCGGGGCGUUGUCUGGGUAGAUGGAUUCCACCGAGUGCCCAUUAACCGCCUGCGCGCCGUUGCGGGGGCGAGUCUGGACAGCGUCGAUGAUCAGGGUCUCGAUCAACUGAAGGCCUUCACCCAUUACACAUGUCCCAGCUUGCCGUACUUGAUCGCGCUGUUGUGCAGGCCUACCGCCUUGUGCACCCCGCCUGGGACCGCACUUCUAGUCGUCGACUCGCUGUCUGCCCUCGUGAAUUAUGCAUUCCCCAAGUUGCCCGAAACAAGGGUCGUCAUGGAUGCCAAGGGCAAUAAAGGGCCUUCAUCGUCCGCGCGGAGGCUUCAAGUGCUCCAGUACAUUGUCAGCAGUCUUCAGAAGCUUGCGGCUAUGCGAGAUCUAGCCGUUGUAGUUCUCACGCAAUGCGCCACAAAGAUGCAGGCUGAACGCGGUGCAACCCUGAUCCCCGCAAUCAACGCCAGCAUUUGGGAUCAGGGGAUAUCGACUAGGCUUGUCUUGUUCCGUGACUGGCUCCUGGAUGGCAUCGAGACCCGCGGCUUGCACUUUGCUGGAAUCCAGAAGUUGAACGGAAAGGCCGUGCCUACAACGGUGAACAGCGCCUGUGCUUUCACGGUGGAAGAGAAGUACGGCUUGAUGUCUGUGGACUACGAUAAUACCCAACCUUCCAGGGCGCUCUCAACAACCCCUGCACAGAAGCGAAAGCUUGGGGAUACCGAUUUUGAGAUUGCUGAUAGCGACGACGAGGAUUACGGUUGGGACGAUGACGAGGACGCGAUUCCGCCAAUGCCAUCGCAAUGGCAAGGGAGCGAGGACCUCCUGCUCGUCCCGCAUUCCCAGAGCGACGAAGACCCUGUCGGCGAAGAAGAUGCUGCCGGUCCCCAUGACGCCGAGAGCCGAGUAUCUGAUGACGAGGCAGGACAAGUUACACCUGAUGGGCCGGGGUCUGAGACGCUCUGA